GUGCCUGGCGAGUGCUCUUCAACAAGAAGGACUAUGAGCACAACUUCUUUGUGAAGUGCAGCUGCUACUUCAGAGUGCCAAUCUACGGGUUCGAACGUGCCAAAGAGCUGGCCAUCGCAUACAGGCGGCGACUGGACGCGGAGUGGGACGAGCAGCAGAGAAUCUGGGCCGAUUUGCAUGCCAAGCGCGAGCAGGAGCGAGCAAAGAGGCGGUCCGAGCGCGCGAUAGCAGCUUCACAGCAGGUCCAUGCAGAGCAGUCCAUCUAUGGCACUGAGGAGCCCGAACCACUUCUUGAGGCGCCGAGAUCAGACAGAACGCCCCAGUGA